AUGCAACGGUAUAACCAAGCGCUUUCUAUGUACGAAAAGAUGAAAUCGAACCCUGAAAAUUUUUGUUCGAUGCACGUCUUAUUAUUGGGAAACGGAAACGAGAAGGUGAGGCUAACUGUUAUGACAUUUUUGGCAACACAGAUCUUCAAAACCGACGAAAUUUACAAAAAAUUGACACCCCAAUACCGAAAACAGUUUAACACGUCUGCGCUUCAACGAAUGAAACUGGAAACAGACACAUCGGUGUUAAACCAAUACGUUAACCUAUUUGAAAUGGUCUACUCAUUUAUUGUGACAUCCGGAGAACUUUUUCCUGAAUUUUUACCAGCCAUUUUCGAAAUGAUUCACACAGGUGACAGACCACAUAAACACUACGCACAAGCUUUGCUCACCAAAAUUAUUGUCUCAUUUCCAGAAAAUGAUAUGAGAAAUAAGCUCCAAACCAUAAUUAUACUUAUCAAAGAAGGGUUGCAAGAUCAAGACGGUGAUGUUAUUACAGAGUCGAUGUCACUCAUCAAAGAAUUGAUACAAUACGCUAUGAAUGUUCCUGAGUUGUUUGGUGUGGUCAUACCACUUUACCCAAUUUUACAUGACGUGACAAUUCGAAUGGUUAACAAUAAGGAGUAUGACGCUUAUUACGUUUAUGUGUUUGAAAUUGAGCAACAAAUAUUCCAAGUGUAUAUAGAACAACUGGUUAAUUACAUCCCAACAACUGUCUUAUUUGCACUAAAUGUGUGCAACGCACCAACUGACGAUUAUUAUGAUGAUCAACUCCAUACUAUUGCGAUGGAAUUGAUUGUGACAAUAUUUGAAAUCUACCCAAAGGAGAUUAAAAAACUUCAAGAACUGCAAACCAAUUUGUAUGUCACUCUCAUCAAUUGGUUAGGCGAUGUUGAUGACCUUAAAGAAUGGUACGACUAUCAAGAAGAUGAAGAGGACACACCACUCUUUUAUCAAGCACAGGAAGCAAUUGAACGGAUCACAACAAUGAUUGGGGCAACACAAUUUGUCAAUUUUUUGAUUCAACAUAUCGAAUUGCUCACCUCAACAAAAUGGGAAAUGAGACUUGCUUUUAUCACGGCAAUGAACUCUGUGCUGUCUUCGAAAAAAAAAUCUGUUGGGAAGGUUGUUGUGCAAAUAUUUGAUGCCAUCACACCGUUAUACAAAGACCCACACCCAAGAGUCCGUCACGCUGCAAUUGUAUUUGCCCUUAAAGUGUUUAAGUUGUAUCCAAAAACACAAACUAUUUUAUCUGGAAAAAUCAUGCAAAUCAUUGGACUUGGACUGGAGGAUAAAUGCUCACGAAAUGUGUCAAAAACAUGUGAACUAUCAUCGUGUUUUAUACCAACAUUGACUCUUGAAGAGUUGGAACCUUAUAUUAGUAUUUUUUUCAGAGUGUUCACUCCUCUUAUAACUACGACUGAUUCUUCGUUGAGCGCAGAAGCACUGUGUUCGUUAUCGAAUGUUAUAUCCAAAUUAAAGAAGGGAAGUAACACGUAUUUUGUGGAGAUUCUUCCAAUGUUAGAAAAAGUGAUUAAUGAAUUAAGUGAUGAUGAGGAUUUGUAUGAUGUGAAAGGCCGUACCAUCGAAAUGGUUUCAUUCAUAGUAACAAAAACACAAGGGGAUUUAUUGAAAAAGGCGUUUGAAAUUACUAUGAAAGGAAUCAAUAGUGUAUUGGCAAUGAAAGACCUUGAACCGGAUAAUUUGCUUUAUGGGUAUGUCGAAUCUGUAUUUUCACGACUGGCUGAAGUGACAAAAGAGAACAUUUUACCGUAUGUUCCUAUGGUUUUGCCUAAAAUAUUAGAGAGAGUCAACAUGAACAUUGUUUCGAAUUACCAAUACUUUGAAACAACAACAGUACAAUUUGGUGAUGAAAUUAUGAAUGUUUACAUCGAGGCUGCCGAAGAGAAGGUGAAUGCUAUGAAAGCAUUAGCAGACAUUGCAGUCGAUUUAAAGGGGUUUUUUGUCCCCUAUGUACCAAAAUGUUUUCAGAUUGUCAUCCCACUUAUUGGGUAUAAGGCCAGCUUUAAGGUACGAAAUAUGGCAGUGAGGUGCAGUGUAAAUUUGUUGAUAUCAUACAUCAACGGGAAGGAAAAGGAAUUUGGAAAUACGCAAAAUGCCAUGGUUGCUGCAACUGUAUACAGUUCACAAGUCAUCGAAGCAAUUGUAAACAACUUGAAAUUUGAACCAGAAAUUGGUGUUGUGACAGAACAAUUAAAUGGUCUACAAAGGGUUAUUGAACUUAAUAUGACGCCGAUUGGAAUUAACCAGGCCGUUAUUAUACUUGGGUUAUUAAAAGAACUCUUUGUGAAGUACAUCCAGCGUUCCGAGCUUAUCGAAAACCAAGACGAAGACGUCGAAAACGAAGAGCAGUUUGACCCCGACAACAACUUUAAUUACAGCUAUAGGUCAUUGUUAAAAUGCUUGUCCUACAGUAUGGGUGAGGCGUUCAUCCCGAGUUUCGAGGGAAUUUUAUUGCCAAUGUUACAAGCAGUAUUAACAACAAAUGGGGUGUCAACAAGGAUUAUCGGAACAGUCGCACUUGUCUUGUCAACUGUAGCAAUGAUAUCUGAACGAGUUCAAUAUGUGAACGUUUCGGUCCCUAUUGUCGUCCAAUUGGCGAAUUCGAAAAAUCAAGACAACUUGUUCCAAGCUAUUGAGUGUAUUCAACUGUUGUCGCAAAUUCAAAUAAUUCAACCAUUCUUACCUCAAAUGAUAGAAAUCAUCAACUACUGCAUGUCUUUAAAAGCUACUAACGAAAACUUAUAUGAAGCAGGGGUAAUGGUUUUGGGUAAAUGUAUAUCAUUCAACCCACAAUAUUUUAAACCAGAAACUGCAUUACUGUGGUUCUCGUUAUUACCCAUUCCUACAUACCCAGAUGAUAUACUUCAGUCGUUGUUUACACUCUUCGCACUCAAUAAGUUCCCAAUUACACAUGAAAUUUUGGAAAAAGCAUUGAUCGUGCUAUUGAAUUGUUUAGGGUCAAAAGACUCAUAUAUGAUCACUUCGCAAACAAAAGACAUGGUUACAGAGCGGUUGAAACAAUGGUACGAAACAAAUGACAAUAUAAUCGGGCCUAUAUUGGACAGCGCAAGUCCAACACAAAAAGAACUUCUCAAAGAACUCCUUUAA